UUUAUUUUAUUUUUUGUGUGUGCGUUUAUACAUUGUUAAGCGAAGCUCCCAAUGGCAGGAGAGGGAUACGCGUUUGAGCAGACCUUUUCUUUCAUUCCUCUCCCCGCUAAGCGCUUCUCUUUCCAGCAGGAUAAGGACACCCUCGCGCUGUUGAUGAAAUGGUCCAUGCUGGGGAGGCUCUCUGCUCAGACUUACAGCUUUGACAGUAACUUCCACCCUUACAGCUGUGAAACGUUUGCUUCGUGUUUCUUCAAGGACCCGCAGGUGAUUCCCACCCUGAGAAAUAUGAAGGCUGGAGUCUGGGUCCCUCUUGAGAGGCCAGUGGUGUCUGUCAGCGCGGAGCUCGUGCCCUGCACUAAGAUCUCCAUGGAGCUGUUUGACCCAAUCUACUCUUGUGGCAUCCUGUGGCCCUCUGGUCACGUAGUUAAAUGCUUUCAUGACGUCUACACUGACUAUGAUGAACUACGACAGAUGUUGCAGGAAGAGGACUCUGAACACUACCAUGUCAUUGGGAGGAUGGAACGCGAAGAGUUUUUGUUUCGCCUCUUCAAACACCUGUGUCUUGGCGGAGAGCUGUGUCAGUAUGAGGACACCAUCGAGCCUUACCUCAGCACCACAAAGAAAAUAUACAAAGACCUGAUAAGUGUGCAAAAGGAUGCAGAAACAAAGAUCAGCGUGGUGUCCACCGUGCUCAAAGUCAGUGCCUAUGAUGAGUCUGGGCUAUGUUUCCCUGGGACGCAGGAGGAGGAGCAGACAUUUGCCUAUUUAAUUGUGGAUCCUGUCAAACGAAAUGUGACUCUGUUCUACCACAUCUAUGGAGUGGGAAGCUUCUCACUUUAAGAACUGGAAAAGAAAGACAAGUCAGAAAUCCUGUCCAGCUACAGAACCGAACGUUGUUUGGUCCAAGGAAACUGCACCCAUACAUACUUUCUGCCUUUUUUACCCAUUUGUAACAACAAGACGUAUAUUUGAAUGCUAGUUUUAGUAAUUAUAGAAUGAGGCCAUAUAGUGUGUGGUAAAAGUAUUGAGACCCUUUCAGUGCUUUAGCCAUAAAUUUCAAUAAUGGCUGCAGACCCUUAAAAAGCUCAAUAGAAGUGUUUCUUCGUCUUGUAUUAAGAUUGUGUUGCACUAUUUCUGGCAAUGCUUAUAUAUAUGAAUAUCAGUUCACAUACAAAAACAACUUCUGUAAAAAAAA